AUGCCUCCAAAGCAGCAAUUGUCGAAGGCCGCUAAAGCCGCCGCCGCCAUGGCUGGUGGUAAGAAGUCCAAGAAGAAGUGGUCUAAGAAGUCCCACAAGGACAAGGCUAAGCACGCUGUCGUCUUGGACCAAGAGAAGUACGACAGAAUCAUGAAGGAGGUCCCAACCUACAGAUACGUUUCCGUCUCUGUUCUAGUGGACAGACUAAAGAUCGGUGGUUCUUUGGCUAGAAUCGCUUUGAGACAAUUGGAAAACGAUGGCAUCAUUUCCCCAGUUUCCAAGCACUCUAAGCAAGCUAUCUACACCAGAGCCACUGCCUCCGAAUAA